UGUGGCAAAGCACCUCUUUCUUCCUACCAUCAUCAUCCUUCCCGCAGCCCACUGUAACCUCUGAACUUGAGCUGUAUAUCCUCGCGAGCCAUUGACCAUGGACUUCGCCGCGAUCGUCACCAAUGUCGUGGCGGCUUUCGCGCACGUCGGCGGUCAGGCGCUAGACGCCGCGCAAACGACCGCGGAAGCGCUCCUCAUCGCUCUUACCAUCAUUGCCGCUCUGUUCCAAACGAGCAAGCUCGUCACUGUAUAUCGUGGCGGGACGCAGCUCUCGGGCGCGUCGGUCCUCUACGACCCACUGUACGAGACGCGCACCAGGUCCCUUCCGGCCUCGGCGCCUACUGCCAGUAUCGCCGUUCCCCUCCGUGCUGGCGACGACUAUCCACCUAUCCCCCUCCACGAAACCAUCCGGCUCGCUUUCAUGCUCUUCACACUCGUCCUAAUCGUCUGCGCAGUCGUCUGCCAGGCUGUCAGCAAUGUUACGGACCGCCCCAAUGGUUCAAAGCCUGCGGACAGAGUCGCUCGACCUACCCGACGCCGUAUCCUCGACUUGGUCCCGCAACAACUUCCCGACGAGUUUCCUACCGUCCAGGGCCUCAACUUCGUCGAGUCACCUCUCGUUGAGUUCUACAUCGUCGACCCUCUCGAGGACAUCCCCCCUUCCUCUUCGUCAACCUCGAACCCCGCGGCAUCUUCGGUCGUUAAGACGACGCCGGAGUCUCAAGAACAAACGAAGCACGAUGAGCCAGCCCCUCUACCCAUCCCCGUCGACGAUCCUACCAGGCUGGCUAAGAAGCAGCGUCGCAAGGAGCGCCAGACUGCUAAGAAGGCCCUGCUACUCAAGCCCAUCACAACCCAACAUCCAUACUCCCCCGACUCAGGCCUCGCACCAUCCUCGUCGUGGUAAGCGCCCUCUUCGUCGCGUGUCACUCCGUCUGACUUCGAG